UGUCAGUUUCAGAGUGCAACUCCUUCCCUCUGGGGAACUCUGCAUCCAGGGAGGGAGGGGGAAUCUGUUCACUUGUAGCAACUGGAGUGAAUCCAGGGAGGGAGCAGACUCUGCAAACUAAAGAGAAUUUGAAGAUCUGAAGACAGAAGUUUCAAAAUCAACAGGUGAAGACCUGAUGCCCGAAACGUUGAUUCUCCUCCUCGGAUGCUGCCUGACCUCCUGCGCUUUUCCAGCUCUGCACUUUUCAACACUGACUCUUCAGUGACUGCAGUCCUCACUUUGAUGUCAAUGUCUGACAGUCACUCAGUCCAUUGGGAACGCAACGGUUUUCAACUCUGAUUCUGUGAGAAGGAGCAAAGCAUUUUGGUUCCUGUUUGGGUACAUUUUCAGCAUCAGUGGGACUGGAUGAGAGACCCUACUGUUGCAGUGCUCUCAGUGAGGAUCGUGUAACAGCUAUACGGCCUGGGAAGAGGAAUUCAUGUUGGGGAGGGUCUCCACACGUGUGCAGCUAAAGCUUCGGCCAUGGAAAAACCCGAGAAAUCCUGCCCUGUGGAGAAACAGUGGAAGUGUGGCGACUGCGGGAAAGGCUUCCGUGCUCCGUCUGCCCUGGAGGUUCAUCGGCACAUCCACACGGGAGAAGCCGUUCUCCUGCCCCGAAUGCUGUAAGGGCUUUACCCAGGACUCUAUCAUGCUGAUCCACUGGCGUAUCCACACAGGGGAACGGCCCUUCCAGUGCCCGAGUGUGGGAAAAUCUUCAGGAAUUCUUCAAACCUGCUCAGGCACCAGCGGCUCCACACUGGGGAAAGGCCCUUCAGCUGUCCCGAGUGCGGGAAGGCCUUUGUCCGGGCCUCCCACCUCCUGACCCACCAGCGGGUCCACACGGGGCAGAGGCCCUUCAGCUGUCCUGAGUGUGGGAAGAGAUUUACCCAGGCCUCCAACUUGCUGACCCACCAGUGGGUCCACACACAGUAAAGGCCCUUCAGUUGCCUUCACCUGCUCCUCCCGCCUGCGGAGGCACCAGCGAGUUCACGUGCCAUUGCAGGGGGAUUGAAGGAGCGACGGCCAAGUGCCAUUAUCGACUGGACUAUCAACCCAGUUCCAGGGACACCCAGGUUUGAAUUCCACGCAGCAGAUGGUGGAUUUGGAAUUUGGUCAGAAAUCUGGAGUUCAGAAUCUAACGGUGAAACCAUUUUCGGGGGUUGGGGGUGGAGAAACCCCCAUCUGAUUCACUCACGUCCUUUUUAGGGAAGGAAACUGUCGUUGUGGGAGAGGAUUCACUUGGUCAUCCCAGCUGCAUCCUUUACCCGGUCUGGCCUACACGUGACUCCAGACCCACAACAGUCUGGUUGACUCUACACUGCCCCCCCCCCCCCCCCCCACUCCCCCCCCCACUGGCAAAUGCGUGGAGAGAAACUUACUUGGAGACAAGGUAUGGGUUGAAAUUGAGUAUUUGAAAAUCUGAAGACUGAAGUUUCAAAAUCAACAGAUGAAGGACUUAUGCCUGAAACAUUGACUCUCCUGCUCCUCGGAAGCUGCCUGACCUGCUGUGCUUUUCCAGCGCCACAUUUUUUGACUGACUCUCCAGCGUCUGCAGUCCUCACUUUGAUGUCAAUGUCUGACAGUCACUCAAUCCAUUGGGACAGCAACGAUUUUUGAUUGUGAUUUCUGUGAGAGGGAUCAAUGCUUUUUGGUUCAUGUUUGAAGACGUUUUCAGCAUCAGGUGGGACUGGACGAGAGACCCCACUGUUGAAGCACACUGUGUGUGGAGCCUUAAACAGUUAUACGGCCUGGGAAGGUGAUUUCACAGCAGGGAGGGGCUCUACACAUGUUUGUGAGCAGCUGAAGCUGUGGCCAUGGAGAAACCUGAGGAAUCCCACCCUGUGGAGAAACCGUGGAAGUGUGGUGACUGUGGGAAAGGCUUCCGUGUACCGUCUACCCUGGAGACUCAUUGGCGCAGUCACACCGGGGAGAGGCCAUUCCCCUGCACCGACUGUGGGAAGGCCUUUACCGACGUCUUCACCCUGCGGAGCCACCAGCAGAUCCACACCGGGGAAAGACCCUUCAGCUGCUCUGCGUGUGGGAAGGCCUUCAGCUAUUCCUUCCACCUGCGGAGCCACCAGCGUGUCCACACGGGGGAGAGGCCCUUUAGCUGCCCCGAGUGUGGGAAGGCCUUUACCCACGUCUGCGCCUUGCGGAGCCACCUGCGUAUCCACACCGGGGAGAGGCCCUUUAGCUGCCCCGGGUGCGGGAAGGCCUUUACACACGUCUCCUCCCUGCGGAAGCACCAGCAGAUCCACACGGGGGAGAGGCCCUUUACCUGCUCUCAGUGUGGGAAGGCCUUCAGCAUAUCUUCCUCCCUGCUGAGGCACCAGCGGAUCCACACCGGGGAGAGGCCGUUCAUCUGCUCUCAGUGCGGGAAGGGUUUCACCCGCUCCUCCCACCUGCGGAGACACCAGCGAAUCCACCGCCGUGUCCACACUGGGGAGCGGCCCUUCACCUGCUCCGUUUGCGGCAAGGGCUUCACCCAGUCGUCCCACCUACUGACCCACCAGCGGGUCCACACCGGGGAGAGGCCCUUCACCUGCUCCGUCUGCGGCAAGGUCUUCUCUGACUCGUCCCACCUGCUGUCCCACCAGCGUGUCCACACCGGAGAGCGGCCCUUCACCUGUUCCGUCUGUGGCAAGGGCUUCACCAAGUCGUCCAACCUGUUCUCGCACCAAUGGGUCCACACCGAGGAGAGGCCGUUCAGCUGCUCCGUCUGCGGCAAGGGCUUCUCUCACUCGUCCCACCUGCUGACCCACCAGCGGCUCCACACCGGGGAGAGGCCGUUCACCUGCUCGGUGUGCGGCAAGGGCUUCUCUCACUCGUCCCACCUGCUCAAGCACUGGCGGGUCCACACCGGGGAGCGGCCCUUCACCUGCUCCGACUGCGGCAAGGGCUUCUCUCACUCGUCCCACCUGCUCAAGCACUGGCUAGUCCACACCGGGGAGCGGCCCUUCACCUGCUCCGUCUGCGGCAAGGGCUUCACCCAGUCGUCCCACCUGCUGCGGCACCAGCAGGUCCACACCGGCGAGGGGGUCUUCACCUGCUUCGUCUGCGGCAAGGGCUUCACCCAGUCGUCCACCCUGCUGGUCCACCAGCAGGUCCACACCGGGGAGCGGCCCUUCACCUGCUCGUUGUGCGGCAAGGGCUUCACUCGCUCGUCCACCCUGCUGCGGCACCAGCGGGUCCACACCGGGGAGCGGCCCUUCACCUGCUCCGUCUGCGGCAAGGGCUUCACCCAGUCGUCCAACCUGCUGCGGCACCAGCAGGUCCACACCGGCGAGGGGGCCUUCACCUGCCUGGUCUGCGGCAAGGGCUUCCCCCACUCGUCCGGCCUCCAGAUCCACCAGCGGGUCCACACGGGGGAACAUCCUUCCGAUAGACCAGAAGUGCACAUAAUACAGAGGAACUUCGAUUAUCCAGAAUUAGAUGAACCAGCACGGUGGCUCAGUGGUUAGCGCUGCUACCUCACAGUACCAGGGACCCGGGUUUCAUUCCUGCCUCAAGCGACAGACUGUGUGGAGUUUGCACAUUCUCCCCGCGUCUGCGUGGGUUUCCUCCUAGUGCUCCGGUUCCGUCCCACAGUCCAAAGAUGUGCAGGUCAGGGUGAAUUGGCCAUGCUAAAUUGCCCGUCGUGUUAGGUACAUUAGUCAGAGGGAAAUGGGUCUGGGUGGGUUACUCUUUGGAGGGUCAGUGUGGACUGGUUGGGCCUGUUUCCACACUGUAAGGGAUCUAAUCGUCAAGCGACUGAAAUACACCCUGCAUGUGUCCUUUGGAUAAUCGAGGUUCCUGUGUAUUCCAAAAGUGGCCUAACCAACGUCCUGUCCAGACCCCAACCCCUAUACUCAGUGCUCUGACCAAUAAAGUGAUCUGCAGAAUCUGCGGGACUUGCUUAAUCCUGGAAGGUAAAUCACGUGUUUCUCCUUCUCUUGCAGGUGGAUCCAAGAUUUCACUCUCUGUCCCAUUGAGUCUCCAGUCAGGUCCUUCAGCUCAACUGGUCUCUCUCAGUAUUUCUGACCCAUGUGAGCCUCUACGCACCUCCCCUUCACUCGCUCACAUUUGAUUUCCCUUACAGCAACAUUCCCUUCAGUUCCUUUCUCCCUGACGUCUGUAUCCAGCUUCUCCUUAAAUGCCGUCCACCUCGACCUGCUACUGUGGGGGUCAUUCCCGCUGCAGACAGAGGUCUCUCCUUUGUAACCUCUUCAAAAGAUUUACCGCUGACUUCCCCCUUCAGUCUUUUCCAUUUCUGGGUCUCCCCGCUGUUGCGAAACUUGGAAUGGUUCAGAAAAGAUUUACAAGGAUGUUGCCAGGGUUGGAGGAUCUGAGCUACAGGGAGAGGCUGAACAGGCUGGGGCUGUUUUCCCGGGAGCGUCGGAGGCUGAGGGAUGACCUUAUAGAGGUUUACAAAAUUAUGACCGGCAUGGAUAGGAUAAAUAGGCAAAGUCUUUUCCCUGGGGUUGGGGAAUCCAGAACUAGAGGGCAUAGGUUUAGGGUGAGAGGGGACGAUAUAAAAGAGACCUACAGGGCAACGUUUUCAUACAGAAGGUGGUGUGUGUACGGAAUGAGCUGCCAGAGGAUGUGGUGGAGGCUGGUACAAUUGCAACAUUCAAGAGGCAUUUGGAUGGGUAUAUGAAUAGGAAGGGUUUGGAGGGAUAUGGGCCGGGUGCUGGCAGGUGGGACUAGUUUGGGUUGGGAUAUUUGGUUGGUACGGACGGGUUAGACCGAAGGGUCUGUUUCCGUGCUGUACAUCUCUUGACAAAGCCUUGUCUGAGGGUGAAAUGUUGUCAUUCCCGUUGAUGUGGGUGGUCCCCUGUCUGUUGUCCUUUUUGUUUCCUUUCUCGGAAAGGACGUCGCGGACAUGGGCAGCGUUCCCGAGCCCCGCUCCGGAACGGGCUGUUCCGUCCUCUUCCAGCCCCCGGGGGGGGGGGGCAGCUUGAGUGUAUUGGGAGAGUGGGCCGUUCACCGGGAAGGUGCCAAUGGGACGGGAGAGCGGUACCGGUAAUGGGGCGAGGGGGAGAUGCCUCAGACCACCAGAAACACUGGGGCAGCUGCUCGCAUGCUCCUUUUGGAUCUCACAGCACAGGGAGGCCUUUCAUCUGAUUACCUCCCCAUCUCUGUCUCUGUCUCUCUGGCUCUGUCUCUGGCUCUCUGUCUCUCUGUGUCUCUCUCUCUGCAUCUGCCUCUGCGUCUGUCUGUCUCUCUGAGGUGACAGCGGAUUCCAGCGUAUUGCUGCUUGCUGGGUAAACCUGUUUUUCCUCUGUUUUCCCCCUCUCUCUCUCCUGCUCAAACCCCUGAACUUCAGGCCGCCCCUGACCUUGUCAUUAUCAGUGAAUGGGGAACAGCUUUUCUUCCUCCACCUUAUCUGAACCUGUCACAAUCUUCCCCACUUUCACCAGUUGUAUCUGUGUGUGACCCUCUCUUUCUGUGUCUCUUUCUCUCCUAAGCCCCCUCCCUCACCACAUCCCAUUUACCCACCCCCUCCUGUCAUGCUCCCACUUUCAAACGGUCUCGUUGUGUUUUCACUGCCUCUUCCCCAUCAUUUCCGUCAAGCACCUCAUCUCACGCUUAGAACCCCUGCAGUGUAGGAGUAGGCCCUUCAGCCCAUCCAACGCACACCUCACCCAGACCUCUGCCUGUAACCCUGCAAUUCCCAUUGGCUAACCCACCUAGCCUACACAUCCCUGGGCACUAUGGGUAAUUUAGCCUGACCAAUCCACCCAAACCUGCACAUCCCUGGAUACUAUAGGACAAUUUAGCCUGGCCAAUCCUACACCAUGGGUGGAUUGGCCAUGCUAAAUUACCCAAUCCUACAUAUCCCUGGGUACUGUUAGGAUAAAAUAGGUCAAGGGAGGGUGGAGCUAUAGCUGCUGUUUGGGGAAUCGAAACUGUAGCUGUAGCUGCUGCUUGGGAAAUUGAAACUGUUGCUUACGUGGCCAGCUCAGCUGCCAACGCCCAAAUGAGCUCAAUAACAGGAAACGCCUAGCAAACGCGAAAUGUCCUAAUAAGGCAAUGCUUAGUAGCUCCGCGAAGCUCUGCUUAGCAAAGAGUAUAUCAGGAGCAGAUUUGGGAGGGGAAGGCAGAACGCGCCUUCUCCAGUGAAUGCAUGGUGAUUCACUGUAUCAGCUACGAUUCUGCAAUAAAGCCUGUUUGUGCCAAACAAUUGAGCGUCUGUUGUCUCUCCUCCUA